AUGUCCAACUUUGACCCCAAUGCGAUCCUCCGCGGCGCGCAACUCACCUUUGUAGGCGCCCAUCGAGCUCUCCAAAACCCGGAGCUGUUCACCACCGCACACUAUCGACAAGCCGCCAUCGCCGUCUGCGCAGGCCUCGCCAUCCGCAUCAUCCUCAACAUUCCCAUCUAUCUCGUCAAAAUCUUGAUCUGGAUCACGUCCAUAUUCGUCAACCUCGACCAUGAGACCUGGGACGACAAGGUCAUCUCGGGCCUGGACUUCAUCUCACGGUCGGUGCUUCAGAUCCCUUUUGGUCUGAUGAUGAUCAUGGGCUCCGUGACCCCGACGCUGGACAACCUGUUCAUGGAGUCCCUGAAGUGGGUGGACACGACGUACGUGCAGAAGCACAAGUCCGACGACCCGGCCACGUUGCGGGGCAUGUACUAUCCAACCCUCAAGAUGUACUCGACGCAUGGCGAGCGGGAGAAGAAGGAACGGCGGUCCCCGGUCGAUGGAGUCAUCAUCUUCUUUACCAAGUACGGCCGACGAGCCGCGAUCUCGCUGGCCAUCUACGCCCUCACGUUCCUGCCCGGGGUAGGCCGGUUCGUCCUGCCUGCGGCGUCGUUCUACACGUUCAACAAGGCCGUCGGGCCCGUGCCGGCGGGCAUCGUCUUCGCGUCCGGCCUGAUCCUCCCGAAGCACUACAUGGUGCACUUUUUGCAGACGUACUUCUCGAGCCGCAGCCUCAUGUCGCGCCUGCUGGAGCCCUACUUCCACCGCAUCCGCUUCACCCCGCAGCAGAAGAAGAUCUGGUUCCUCGACCGCAGCGGCGUGCUGUUCGGCUUCUCCGCCGCCUUCGCCGUCAUGGUCAAGGUGCCCCUGCUGGGAGUGCUCAUCUACGGCAUCGCCGAAGCCAGCACCGCCUACCUCAUCACAAAAAUCACCGAGCCGCCCCCACCGCCCGGCGGACGCGCCGUCCAGGAGUUCAUCGACAGCGAGGUGCGCUGGAAGAACAAGCAUCUCUUCCUCAACCUGCCCCUGGACCGUCUAGACGAGUUCAACGCCCGCUUGACCGGUGCGGAGAAGGUGGGCAGUGGUAGUCUCGACGAGGCCACGGAAGCCCCCAGGAGGAAGUUUACAUAG